UUUUAUACCUGAUAAAAAAACUUAUGCUCAAUUUAUGCCAUGAUCUUUACUGAUCACUCAUGCAAACACCAAAUGGCACCAAUUGAUUCGUAGCCUGUAAUCCCGUUUUAAAAUAAAACUGUUAUGAAUGGGUGGAGGCGGAUACACCGAAUCUGUGCACAGUAUCCGAUUUUAACCCGACGGCAACUCGAAUCUUAAAACCUGUCAACCGCGAGUGAAACGGUCAUUGAUGUUAUUUCCUGCCAACAGAGGCCGCCACACGACAAUCUUGUUGCACAACACCGCCCCCAUCUGGGGAUUUGUUGAACUUGAUGAAUACUCGGUUACUGUUGACUUCUGUACAGAAUUGGCUGUCUCAUGUUUGUGUAAGGGUGCACUUUCUUCAACUCCCACUGAGACUUCUUUUCUCACUUCUGUUGGCAGCUUCUUCCACUUGUGUAACAGCUAAAUACGGCUUCCCCAUGUUUACUUUGAAAUCUGGGCUCGUAUCGAACCGAGAGAUCGUUCUAGGAAGCUGACUUGUUUUUGUCACCAUCGCUGUAACUUUCCGAGCCUUUGUGCGACCCUGAACGCACCACAUCACAUAUGCAAUGAGACCCGCCCCGCCGAGCGUGGACAGUCUCCCAUCCGAAUGUCGGACAGACGAGGACUCGCCUUCUACCGCAGGCUUCCAUGACGACCGACGAGAGCCGCCUUUGAACGCCUUCAACACGCCGGUUAGCUACCGCUCGCUCACAGCAAUGGGAUGAUGGCCAAGGAACGAUUUGCAAGAACGACGGAGCAGCAUCUUAGCAUGCUUGGCUAACGAGGAGAGCUAACGGCUCGGCGCUCGCGUUGGCUAGCCUCGGCUCCCUCCACCCGCGGGCUUGUUGCUAACUGCGCCGCCGCUACGGGGAUGGAACGUGCGAAGGAACACGAGUGCGGCGCUCUUUCAACUUCGCAAACAUCACCUGGGACGCCAGAGUGUAAUCGUGACGGCGCUCACGCCAAAUCGAGCGGAUUCGCAGCUCUGUCUUCUGGGAAGCGACCAUCCGUCGGGGAUGAUGAAGCCGGAGGCGCCGAGGCAAAACUCUUAGGGAAGGGACUCGCCGCCACCUCCCUUCUCCAGAUUGCCAUCAGGAAUGGGAUCUACCAAAACCACGUUGCUCACGCUUUCGGCGGCGCGGCCAAGGCCAUCAACAUGCCCUCGGCGAAGUCGGCGAACGUGUACAGCAUUUCGUCCGUCAGCAGCAGCAGCGGCGGCGGCGGCGGCAGCAGCACUACUUCGAGCAACACCUUGCUCAGCAAGAGACGCCAGCGGCACAAGAGGAAUCUGUCGCUGGGCUGUGCGCCGACCAGCUGCUCUCCCGGCUUGCCUUCCGCCGAGGCGGCCAGUGUCGCCCCUUCGGCCUCUCCACUGAGCACCCUGAGUCUGGAUCGGAAAACCUUCCUCAGGCAGAAGCAGUCAAAGCAGCUUCUGGCCUCCGACAAGGGAUGGGUGACAUCGGACCUUAAACGGGGCUGUAUUCACGUCCACGACUGGCUCACGCCCUCCUACCCUCGACCGGUACUCUGCACAGUGGAUACUCAGGCCACGGAGGUGGUCAGCAAGCUGGAAGCAAGUAAAAGCGAGGGUGUCUUGCGAGUCACUCGUGAAACUCUUGCGACUAUUAAUUCUUGCAAAGACCUGAAUGGACAGAUCGGUGAUAUACGUCACGGGCCAUCAGAUCCAAAAGACAUGAAGACGAAUGAGGCUCUGUUGUUAAACAGCAGGACAAAGCAGCGUUGUUUCAAGUCGAACCUCGUUUCAGAUGACAGAUUUGCAAGUAACUCUUCCUCAGAGGUUUGCCUGAAUGACAUCGGCGCGGAUGUCAACACCGGUGCGGCUGACUCCUGUGGCGUGUACUCUGGAUCAGAUUUGGAGAACAGCACUUGUGACGAGGUCAGCCUCGGAGGACCCAAAAGCAUACUGCAGCAGGACUCCCUGAGUGAAGGCGCAGGUUUGCCGACAGACUCGUCAGCAUUGAGCCCAAACUGUGACAGUGCCACAGAGGGACCGGACCCAUUCGAGAGCUCCUCUGAUGAGAUGGAGCUCACCUCCUCUCCGACACCUUCGGCCAGCAAUUUUCCCGCAGAGCCACCCUCACCCGCGUACCUCCCACACGCUCCGGAGCAACUGAAAAGCACGCCGGGAGAUGCCGGCGGGGCCGAAGCCGGCGAUCGUCAAGAUUCAGCCGACCCGGCGAAACCUUCCUCCAAAUGCCGCAGCGGCUCUCAGACUCGACCUCUGAGCGAGCAAACAUCAACGCAGCCUGAGCCGCAGAUCGAUGCCGGGAGCAGGCGGUGGCCGGAGCAGAUCAAUACAAGCCCGACGCCGGCUCUCUUUGUCCAGCUGCACGGUGGCAUUGUGCGCCGUCUGCGAGGGGACGAGAGGCCGCUGCAAAUCUUAAAUGAGUACCUCACCAACUUGGGCUUUGAAGACCCGUGGCGGGUGCAGGAGGAGGGAAUGAAUCCAGGCAUUGGCAGCCUUAUUCGCUUCUACUUUGGGAAGCCUCGGAGCGUGGGCGGUUCGGAGCGCGUGCAGCUUUCCGGGGUGUUCAACGUGCGAAAAGGGAAGCUGGUGCUGCCUGUGAACCGCUGGUCAAAACGGCAGGUCACCCUGAGCGGAACCUGCCUCAUCGUGUCAUCCGUGAAACACGCCCACACGGGCAAGAUCCACGUACUUCCCCUUAUUGGAGGCAAGGUGGAGGAGGUGAAGAGGCACAGCCACUGUUUGGCGCUGAGCUCCGCCGCUCCCCAAAGCCAGACCUACUAUCUCAGCUUUGACUCCUACACGGAGCGCCUUUGCUGGCACAGAACGGCCUCCAAGAUUGCGUCCCAGAGGGUGAACUCGGUCGACCUGUCGGGCUGCAGUCUCGAGGAAUUGCCCACUCAGCUGUUUCACAGUCGGGACCUCACACAUCUCUGUCUCAAAAACAACUUCAUGUCCUUGCACAAAGGCAUCCCGGCGCUUACCAGGUUUUGUCAAUUGCGAACCCUGAGUUUGUCCAACAACGCGCUGUCCGAGUUCCCGCUGGCCUUGCGCGACCUCCCCUCGCUGACCGAGCUCAACUUAUCGGGAAAUCGCCUUUCGUUCCUUCCCGUGGAAGUUGGACUCAUGCACACCCUGCAGACACUCGUUCUCGACGCAAACCAACUGAGUUCAUUGCCUGCCGAGCUGGGCUCCUUGGAGGCGUUGGUCCACCUCGGCUUGUCUUUCAACCGUUUCACUUGCACCCCGCCUGUCCUGGAGAAGCUAAACGGGAUGGAGAGGCUGUGUCUGGCGGGAAACCAAAUCUCCGUCGUGCACAUGGCCGGCCUGCAGCGCUUGCCCACUCGCCAUAUCGAUCUCAGGCUGAACCGGCUUCAAAGUGUCACAGUGGGAGACACCAAGCAGCUAGCCCACAUCGUGCAGCUGGACCUCAGGGAUACCGGUCUACGGGAGCUGGAUGUCAGGCCUCUCUCUCAACUGGAGAUUCUCUACUGCGACCGAAACCGACUCUCCCUCCUUCGAGUCAACGGACACGCCCUCAAGAGCCUGCAGGCCGCGCACAAUGAGCUGGAAGAACUGCAAGUGCAGCCUGUCCCAGAGUAUCUGACCGCCCUGGAUUUGUCCUGGAACAAGCUCGGCGUUGUCCCCGAUUGGGUGUGCGAAAGCACGAGAUUGGAACACUUGGACAUCAGUCACAAUUCUGUGACUGAGCUGCCCACGCAGUUGCUGUCCAAUGAGAACCUCCGAAAGCUGCUCGCGGGCUGGAAUGCUCUCGGCCAGCUGGGCGAGAGCCCGGACGCAUCGCAGCUCCAAGUCUUGGACUUGCAGCACAAUCUUCUCAAUGAGCUCCCCGACAAUCUCUUCAUCAAAGCCCAGAACUUGCGCUACCUUAACGCGUCGGCCAAUAAGCUGGAGAGCCUCCCUGCUGCAAGCCUUUCGGACGACACUUCAAGCAGCCUGGAGGAGCUCUACGUGACCAACAACAGCUUGACAGACAAGUGCGUCCCUCUCCUGACUGGACAUGGCCACCUCCGAGUUCUGCACCUUUCGUACAACCAGCUGCAGACCUUUACCGCAAGCAAACUGGCCCAACUGGAGCAUCUGGAGGAGCUGGACCUGAGUGGCAACAGACUGAGGUCUGUGCCCACAACUAUCUUGAACUGUCAGUGCCUGCAAACAUUGUCUGCACAUUCCAACUGUAUCGCUACUUUUCCGGAGGUCCUGCAGCUGCCUGAGAUCAAGUGUAUCGACCUCAGCUGCAACGAGCUGACUGAGAUCACGCUGCCAGAGUCACUCCCCCCAAAACUUCAGGAGCUGGACCUCAAAGGAAAUCCCCGCCUCAACCUGGACCACAAGAGCUUGGAGCUUCUCAAUAAUAUCCGAUGUUUAAGGGUGGAUCCGUCCCCGUCGGCUCCCAGCGCCAGUGAGUGUCACGGAGCUCCUGCAGUCUGGAGCCACGGAUACACAGAAGCCUCCGGAGUCAGAAACAAGUUGUGCGUGGCCGCGCUCGCGCUGGACACCUUCUGCGGAGUCCGUGAAGCACUGUACGGGGUUUUUGAUGGCAACGGAAAUGUCGAGGUGCCUUACCUGCUGCAGUGCACCAUGGGCGAUGUGUUAGCAGAGGAGCUCCAAAGGGGUCCGAGCCAGGCAGACUACAUGACCAACACUUUCCUCGCCACGCAAAGGAAGCUGGGCACGGCCGGCCAAAGGAUGGGCGGAUCCGCUGCGUUGUGUCACAUCAGACAUGACCCCGUGCCUCCCGGUGAACACUGCGGCGGCGGCGGCGGCGGCGGCGGCUUCACCUUGACGGCCGCCAACGUGGGCGGAUGCCAGGCGGCUUUGUGCCGAGAUGGAAAAGCUAUGCAACUCUCCGCCAUCCACAGCGUCCGAGAAGAACUUGAGUGCCAGAGGGUCCGACAGCAUAACGCCAUCAUCACGGAGGACAAUAAAGUAAACGGCGUCACUGACUCCACCAGAAUGAUGGGCUAUUCCUUCCUGUGCCCGUCCGUGACCCCCCGGCCACACGUCUCCACGGUGACGCUCACCUCGCAGGAUGAGUUCUUUCUCCUGGGCAGCCGAGGGCUGUGGGACAUGUUGUCUCCUAGCGAAGCGGUGGAAGCAGUCAGGAAUGUUCCAGACGCGCUGGCCGCCGCCAAGAAGCUCGUGACGCUGGCUCAGAGCUACGGCUGCUCCGACAGCCUCAGCGCCGUCGUGGUCCAGCUCAGUAUCUCCGAAGAUUGCUGCUGCUUCAGCGAGCUGCCGCCCGCACCUCACAGUCCAGGUUUGUGUGCCCAUGCGCACGCUCACCCCUACUUGGGGAGCGGCGACAUAUCGCUGCCGCCGGCCUCCUCGGGAACCGCGAGCGAGCUGAGCAGCGAGUUGAGCGCCUCCGAAAUGAGCCUCGAGGUGGGCUCCACGGUAUCGUCCGAAGAGCCUCCGCCUCAAGCCGAGCCGCCGCCCGCACCUCACAGUCCAGGUUUGUGUGCCCAUGCGCACGCUCACCCCUACUUGGGGAGCGGCGACAUAUCGCUGCCGCCGGCCUCCUCGGGAACCCCUCCGCCUCAAAUCUCCGGCGCGCUGUCCGACAACGGGCUCGACAGCGAGGACGAGGAGCCCAUCCCGGGCGUCUUCUCGAACGGCAGCCGCGUGGAGGUCGAGGCCGAUGUGCACAGCCUACGUGGCCGGGAACCGCCGCAAACGCAUUCGCACCCCGGCACAAGUGUUCCUCGAUCCUGCGCUUCCGGUCAUGAGCCUUCACUUCCAGCCGUCACGCCGCCCUCCCCCUGCCUCGGCGGGGAGACCCGGUCGAGCGCCCCGGGCCGUCGGGCUCGAGCCAACGGUUCGGUGUCGUGCCAGGGCAGGAGUCAGGACCUCAUCGAGGAAGCGGCAGAUGCCCCCGUCAAGAAGCAAGGGGGAUACUUUAAUGCUCCCGCUCAGCCGGACCCUGACGACCAGCUGAUCAUUCCGCCGGAGCUGGAGGACGAAGUGCGACAGAUCAUCCAACGGCAGCAGAUGGAGACUCGCGACCAGCAAGAGGCCGCCUACCAGAAACCCGCCGACCAUUUCGUCACACCGCUCUGACUCCAAAUCCUCGCUAUCUGCUAGUGUGUCACUUUCUCCUCUUGGAAUCCACCUGGAAAUUACUGAAAUCAUUUGCGCUGCUUCCUCAGAGGAUUCAAGUGGACCAGAGACUGUUAAAAAAAACAACCCAAAAC